UUCUUGCAACUUCUUACCCGGACACGGCGUACCACAACACUUAUGAUGUCCAAGCGAUCUCGGAAGAAGCGUACCUGUUGCAAGAGACAACGCCACCACAUGCUUGGAAAUGAUUCAGAAGAGCCGGGCCGUAGCAGAUAUUUAUGAUCCUGGCAAUAUGGGGAUCAAUGCUACAGAGAACAGUGCCUAUUCGGCGGCAUAUGGUUGGUGCUACCUCAACAACGAAGCUGCGUACCUGGCUUCGGGCACGAUGCGUUCGAUGUCGGCCACACAACCCCCGAUCUACCUACGUAGGAGGUGUGGUUCGACAAUUUGGCAAUUUAUCGUUCUCUCUCAUAUUCGAUGCUGCUUAUGGAGUUCCAUACUACCAUCCUGAAACCUCCUUUCAAAUCUUUAACCGCGUCAUGAGGCACACCGAUAUCCCAACGGGCUCAACACCCUUUUCACCAUGGGGCGACUACUUAACUUCCGGCCAGAAUCUAAUUUUGCGAGAAAGAGUCAGAUGUCUUUGGCCCGGAGAAGGCGUGUUAUGUGUAUUCUGCUUUGACGACAUGUUCUAUCGUAGAGAUGGAAAGCUUGGCGGAGAGGACGGCCGUGAGUAUGGACAGGAUAGUUGUUGAAAUUGGAGAGGGGCCGAGGGAGGAGAUACUGUGAGGAGUGAAGCAGUUGGGAGUCUGCAAGAGUGGCUAAUUAGAGGCACCUUACUUGAUGUACCCUUGUCGUACAGUACGUUGUGCAAGGUUAAAAGGAGCUUUUGUAGACGGGGGAAGGUGCUUGGUUGAAAAGAAGGGACGUACAUUUGGUUGUGGUAGACGGGCUUA